GAAACACACCUUUAAGGUGCGUCGAUAUUCUAUUACAGGUCUGACCGCUAAAUAGGGCUCUGUAUGUUAAUGAGUUGUUGAACUCAACUAACUAUUAUGAUUAAAAGUAUUGCUAACUUUCAUUCUUCUUUUAGAUUUCAUCUUAUAAAAGUUGAAUUGAACUAUGUCAAGAGAUAUACUGACCUAUGAUCAACUGAAUUCAAAGUUUUGUGGUGAAAUAAGCUAUAAAAUUGGAAGUGAUUGGUCUCAUUUUGGAAGACACCUAGGCUUAAGUGAUUCAGAUCUUGAUAACAUUGAUUCUGACUAUAGAAAAUGUAAUGAUAAAGCUGAUAAUGUUUUAAAGAAAUGGAAACAAAUAAAUGGACACCUUUCGUGGGAGCAUGUAAAAAAAAAUCUUGAAGAUUUGGGCCGCCGCGAUAUUGUAGUUGAAAUUGAAAGGAAAUUUGGAGAUUACUUGUCUAGUCUAAAGAACAUAAGCACAAUUGAAUGUCGAAUACCAUAUGGUUGUGUUUUUAAGUUAGACUCACAAGUAAAUGAAAUUUGUAAAGUUGAAUUUCAGUUAUGUAAUAAUAGUAAUAAUUGGAAAGUUAUUAAUAACAAGAAACAUGAUUAUGAAUAUUACUUAACAAAAAAAAAGAAUGCUACAUUGUUUGUGAAAGUAGAAAAUUUAUUGCUUGAAAAUGAAAAAUUCAAUUUUAAGUUUUCAUUUCAAGAUUCAAGAAACAAUAGUUUUCAAGGUGAUGGUUUUGUUUGUAUUACAGGUAAUUGCGACUAUGAGCUGCUCUAUAAUGGUUUGUUUAUUGCAACACCUGAACCAAUUUUUAACAGUGAAUUCAGUAAGUAUAUGAAAACAAUAGAAUCUGUGGAUUGGAGAAAGACAAACAAAGUUUGUUUAGAUAAAGUACCUGAUGAUAAAUCAAUAGAGUUAAUUGCAUUAGAUUAUUUUGAUAGAAAUUUUCCUGAUUGGAAUGAUGUUAUUUAUGUCUCUCCUUCUAUUGCUAACAGUGACAACUUAGAUUUUGUUGUUUCCAAAUUUAUUAACUUGUUUACUGUGAAUUUUAAAGGCAUACGCGCUGUAUUCCCUGGCUAUCGUUUACAAUAUCAUGCAUCUCUUUUAAAGUGUAACAUUGAAAAGUUUACUAAUUGUAACGAUGAAAAUAGAAUAACAAUUUUUGUCUCUGAUUUCAACCUUGUUAUAAUUGCUCGUAUUGCUACUUCAACUGAUUGCCUCAAGCUGGAAUCUGAAAGCUGUUUAAAUGAUAUCAUGUUAUUUGUUAAUGUUAACAAUCCUGUUUUAUGUGCUAAUAAGCUGAUUGUUUUGGGAAUUGUAGUUUUACCUUUACAUGAUCGUAUACAUUUAAAAGAGGAACUAUUUUUUCACUUCUCUGAGAAAUUUCAUUUACAUCAAUUUUUAUUUCUUUGUAAAGAUGACUUUGGAAAUGAAAAUUUUGAAAGUUGGUGGAAAUCAGUUGAGGUAUACUGCAUGAAAAAAGUAAAUACACAAAAUAAUGAAAUAUUAUUUAAAAAACUCAUCAGCUUAACUAUGAUCCUAAUGGCUAAAGUUGACAUUUGUUAUCCCACGUUAGAAUCAGAUACUCAAAAACAGAUACAAACAUUGCUUCUUAAUGUUGAACAAAGGAAUGCAAUAAAUGAUAAAGCAUUGCAAAAAAUUAUCACUGGAGGAUAUGGUUCAGGAAAAUCUAUAGUAGGAAAGGAGAUUAUUAAAAAUUGUAUUGCAAAAAAGUCAGAAAAUCCUUAUAUCUUGUAUUAUAUAUGCUGUAACCAUUUCUCCUUGUAUGAAUGCCAUAUGAAAGAGUUUGUUGAUACUAUAGAGAAAACAUCAAAUGUUGAGGUUGUUUAUGAUAAUUUGUACAAUUUAUGGAAAAAUAUGUAUCAGAAUGAAAAUAUUUCAAACAAUUACAUUUCUCUACCAAUAUUAUUAAAGUAUUUGGCAACCACAAAAAAAAAAAAAAUUUGUUUUGUACUUGAAGAACUUUCUGAAGAAUAUGUUAAAGAAGAAGAUGCAAUUCAAUUGAAAAAUUUGUUUACAUCUUUAUUAAAAGAUACUUUAGUUGUUUUUAUUCCCGAGAGCAUUACAAAGAAUCGAGAAUUGAUAAUAAAUAAACAAAAGUAUAUACUACAAAAAAAUUUCUUUCAAGAAGAUUUAAUAGGAAUGAAGGUCAUAACUCUAAAUAAAUCAAUGAGAGUUACUAAAUGCAAUAAAUUAUUAAUUGAUAUUGCUCAAAAAGCUAUUUGUGAAACAAAAUGUGUUUUAAAUAUUCCAAAUAAAAAAAAAGAUUUGCAGAAUGUGGAAAAUAAUGUAAAAGAUAAUAAAGAAAUUAAUGACACAUCACAUUUUGACACAAUUAAGGAUACUAAAUAUAACAAUUAUGCAUCUGUUAAUAUUGAAAAAAGUAAUAGAUAUGCAUCAAAUAUUUCUAAUGAUAAAACUGUUGAUAACUAUUCAGACUCUAAUUCAAAUCAAUCUUCAGAGAAAAAAGAAAAUAAAUUUAUUGAUACAGAUGUUAAAGAUUUUCAUGAUAUUGAUUUAGAUCACAUGGCAAAGAUAAUAACAAAAAAUGAUAAUAAUAUUGAUCCAAAUAGUUAUAUGGAGACUGAAUAUGUUUUUAAAUCUAGUAUUAUAGGACACUCCAUUAAAGGAGAAAAGCCCAAGGUUGUAUAUUUACCUUUUUAUGAUAUAACAGAUAAACAAUCUGUAAAAGUAUUGUCUAUUAUCUUAGAAAAACUUUGUUUUAAUGUAUUAAGAAAAACAGUUGUUAUAUGCAACAAUAUGGAAGAAGUACAAUCUACUGCAUAUGCAAUAGAUAUAAUUAAAAUUUUUAAAGCAGUAAUUUAUUCACCACAUUUGCAGAAAUACUCCCCAACAUUACAAACAAAAAUUGAAGUUCAAAAAAAAUUAAAAAGUGAAUUGGACAUACUUGUGACUGACUGCAAAGGAUUUUCAGGAGCAGAAUCUCAAUCUGUAAUUGUAUUCGUGAGUCCAGAAGAGAUUUAUCUUCGACAUGUUCUUGUAGAUGCUAUUUCAAGAUCAAAUUCACAUUUAACCGUAUUAGUUAAGAAUUUUAAAGAUAGCAAAAAGCCUUUAAAUAAAGAUAAAAUAUUAAAAUUUCAAAUUAAAAGAUUAAAGGAUAAAAUAAAAAGUUUCAGAAUAAAAGAUAAAAAGACUAAAGCACUUUUAAAUGAGGAUAAAACUAUCGGAAAUGUUUUAACUAGUUGGUCAGACAAAAAGGUUAUUGAAGAAAUUAUAAUAGCAACAUCCAAUACAGAAAAUCGAAAAUCAAAAGAUGUUUUCUUUGUAAUAAAUGAGAAUUGCAAGGAAUUUAUAGAUCGUGGAUCUACUAAAGACUUUGAAAUAUAUAAGGAAAAUUCACAGUUUCAAAUUUUUCACGAAAACAAUUUCAUAUAUGAAACUCUGGCUUCUGAUCUGCCUAAUCAAGUAGAAAAAGAUUUUAAAAAGAUGUCAAGAAAUGAAUUGACUGCUGAUGAUUUUAUUCCAUAUUGUUGUGAAUUAAUAAGCAAUAAAAUUGGAAGUGAUUGGAUUCAAUUGGGAAGACAUUUAGGCUUAAGUGAUUCAGAUCUUAAAUAUAUUGACUCUUAUAGUAUAGACUCUUAUAAGAAAGCUGAUAAGGUUUUAAAAACAUGGAAUCAAACUAAUGGGCAUAUUUCAUGGGAGCUAUUAAAAAAUGUGUUGAUAGCUUUUAAACGUUUAGAUAUAGUACUUGAACUUGAGAGGAAAUUAGAAGAUUUGUUGGUGUCUGCUAAACUAAAACAUUUUUAUCUUGAAAGAUAUGGGAAAAUUUAUGAAGUUCAACCACCCUUAAAAGCACCUGUAAAAGUUGAUCUAAUACAUAAGUUUACUGAUUUAUGUAUUGUUGAUGCAGCCGAAACUCGAAUGGAUGCUGUACUUAGUGUUGAAAGAAAGGAAUUUCUUGAAAAGCAAAUUCGUUAUACACCAGUUACAUACAGUGAAAUAUUUAUGCGAGAAAAAUCUGUAAUAUUAAUAUCUGGAAUAGCUGGUAUUGGAAAAACAUGGUUGCUUAGAAAAUGUUUGCUUGAUUGGUCAAAUGGUUUAAUUUGGAAAAAUGUUGAACUUGUUUUUUAUUUAGAAUGCAGGAAGAUUAAUCAAUAUGAAAAUAUUUCUACUAUUAAUGAUUUGCUAAGCGUUUUUUACAAAGAUAUUAUAAGUAACUUCAAUAUUAGUAUUCAUACAACACUGUUUAUUAUUGAUGGGUUAGAUGAGUUUAAAUUUUUUAAUGAGUUAUCAAAUCCAGGAUUAAAAUGUAACUAUCCAAUUGUUAAUGUUUUAGCAGAAAUUCAAAAUUAUAAACAUUUAGUUGCUGGUAGAGUUUAUGCAAUAGAUCAAUAUCAAAGUAUAUAUACAGAUCGUAGUGAUAAGUAUACCAUUCAAAUAAUGGGGUUUAACAAAGAUGGAAUAACAAAUUAUGUAGAAAAUAAUGUUAAUGAAGAAAACAAAGAAAUUGUAAAAGCAACUUUAAAGGAAUCUCCGAUUGCAAAAGCUAUGGCAUCAGUUCCUUUUUACUUAUCUUCCAUGUGUAAAAAUAUAAGUGAUUCAAAAAAUAUAUACAAACAUUCUUUCUUAACAAUGACAGAUCUGUAUGCAAAUAUUUUUUUAUAUUUUUUGCAAAAACACAUCAUUAAAGACAAUAAAACGUUUUAUCAGAUAAUGGAAAACGAUUCUAAUAAAAAAUAUAUUUUAAUUAUUUGUAAAAUUGCAUUUAAACUUCUUGUUGAAAAUAAAGUAAUUUUUUCCAAAGUAGAGUUUCAAACUUUUGUUAGUGGCUUUGAUAAUGAAGGUAAUUUUUUAAAUGAAGGUAAUUUUUUUGGAUUUAUAGAAAAGAUUGAAACAAAUCUGGGUUGUUAUUAUCAGUUUGCUCACUUGACGAUAAUGGAGUUUUGUGCAUCUGUAUUUGCAUAUAAUUGUUUAAGUAGUGAUAAAAUUAUGACUAAUAAAAAGCUGAAGAGUUGCUUAUCAAUGAUUUGUGGAUUAGCCAAUAAAAACCAAAAUAGUUGUAUAAAGUUUCUGAACCUGAAUCCUUCAAAAAAUUUUCUUAAAGAAUCACUACCUUUGUUUUUAAUUUUUGAUCGUCUAAGUAAAAGUGAUGACUUUAAUGAUUACCACAGUUUGUUUAUUGAGUGUUUUUAUGAAAGUGGAUCGUCGUUUACUGAUGAAAUAAAUUCAAUUGUUGAUAAACGAGGUUGGGUUGUUUCGAUUAAAGUUGGAAAAACUUCUUACGAUACUUCUUGCGAAAAUUAUUUCGUAAAUCAUUACAUUAAAUCUGGAAGAAAGUUAUCGGAGUUACAUGUUGAUAAAAAUAUUUUAAGUAAUGAAGAAAAAAAUCUUUUAAUUCAAUGUUCAGUUAGUGUUCGCGUUGUCGAAUUCCAUCGUCCAACUAAAUUCGAAGAGUGGAAACCGAAAGAUAAGAUUGAAGUGUUAAGGAUAUCCAUCUCAGAUUAUUUAUUAACAAAGAAAGAUUUUGAAGAAAUUUUUUUUCCGUGGGUUGAUCUUUGUGAAGAAUUAGUUCUUAGACUUCACGACGAUAUCGAUUUUUUCAAAGACUUUUAUAAAUGGAUUCGACACUCAAAUAUCAAGAAGUUUAAGAUCAACUACCGUGGAAAAGAUUUUCGCAAUCUAUAAUUUUCGAAUGAUAUAAGAAAACGUAAUAACGCAGGAAAAUGUUUCAUAUUUUAAAAACAUAAAAUAAAAAUAAUAAUUUUAAGUAAUUAGUGAUUUGUUUUGUGAAAUUUUAAGUAAUUAAAUUUUAAGUAAUUAGUGAUUUAUUAGUGAAAUAUUUUUUGUAUUUUUUAUAAUUAAAUAUGUUUAUACGAAUUUACGAAUUAGUUUUACUAGAAAAUUAGUCUUAAAAUCGA